GACGAAUACAAGAUCUCCGGGCUGACCUAGCCAAACAUGGCGGCCAAACUCUAAGGAUAAAGCGUACUUUGCGAGAUUAUGGGCCUCCUCAUUUGAGGUCCUGAACUCAUGACUAAAAAAGCAAGAAGAAAAAUUACUAGAGAUCGUAACUUGAAGAUUUUGGUCAACGCCAUCAUCGUCCCUCUACUAGCAACUUUAUUCUGCUUCAUUGUUUGCUUUGUAUUGAUCAGAGCACACAAGAAAGAAAAGGCUGGCUUGCAGGACAAGCCUAACAUAAAUGUCAACGAAGAUGAAUUAGUUUGGGGGUUAGAAGGAAAGGAUUCAGAGUUCACUUUUUUCGACUUCUCGCAAAUAUCGAAUGCUACAAGUAACUUCUCAGACGAAAAUAAAUUGGGACAAGGGGGCUUUGGCCCUGUAUACAAGGGCCAGUUUCCAGAUGGGCGGGAGAUGGCUAUUAAGAGACUUGCUUCAAAUUCUGGACAAGGUUUCACAGAGUUCAAAAAUGAAGUCCAACUCAUAGCCAAGCUCCAGCAUACAAAUUUGGUUAGGCUCUUGGGAUGUUGCUCUCAACGGCGGGAGAAAAUGGUGAUAUACGAAUAUUUGCCAAAUAAGAGUUUGGACUUCUUUAUUUUUGCAGAUGACACAAAAAGGGCUUUACUAAAGUGGAAUAAACGCCUAGCAAUAAUUGAAGGCAUAGCGCAAGGGCUUCUAUAUUUGCACAAGCACUCUCGGUUGCGGGUCAUACGCAGAGAUCUGAAAGCAAGCAACAUUCUAUUGGACAAUGAAAUGCAACCUAAAAUUUCAGAUUUUGGACUUGCAAAGAUAUUCAGCUCAGAUGAUAUUGAAGGAAACACAACAAGGAUUGUUGGGACAUAUGGUUAUAUGGCUCGGCUCCUGAGUAUGCUUCUGCUGGAAUCUUUCUCCACCAAAUCUGACGUAUUCAGCUUCGGUGUACUAAUUCUUGAGAUAAUUAGUGGAAAAAGAAACUCGUGUUUCGACCAACAAGGGAGCUUCUUCAACCUUCUUGGGGACACAUGGAAGUCAUGGAAGGAAAAAAGGUGCCUUGAGCUCCUAGAUGCAUCGCUGGCUUUGGAUAUUUCUUCAUCAGAUAUAAUGAGAUGCGUUAGUAUUGCACUAAGCUGUGUGCAAGAGAAUGCAGAUGACCAGCCCACCAUGUCAGACGUAGUGUCUAUGUUAAGUACUGAGAACAUGACCCUUCCUGAACCUAACAAUCGGGCCUAUUUCCAAGUAAGGGUAAGAAAGGAAGUAGCGUCAAUAGUUCUAGGGCCAUCAAGCAGUAAUGAGAUGACAAUAUCUGUGCUAUGUAGUAGAUAGAUUAUUUGUUAAUUAUUUGAGAUUUCAUGAUAUUGUUUGAGAAGAUCAUUUUUUUUUCUGGCACGGGAAGAUUUUGUGUAUCUCCAAGGUUCAUAUUAAAAAACAAUGUAUGUACUAUGUAAAUUGUCAUUUUAUUGUUAGCUUACCAAAUAACCAAGAU